AUGGGACCCAGGAACAUUACUAUUUCCGAUCUGAAGUAUCCGGUCGCAAUUGCUUGUAUCUAUUACAUCAUUUCCAAGAUGCGUCUCCCCGCUUUGACUGAUGCGUUGGCAUCGUCGACAACAUCGUUGGCGAAGUUGUCACUCGGCAAGACACAGAAACACCGCGUGCUUGUUGUGGGAUGUGCUUAUGGAGGUGUAACUGCGGUCGUGAAUCUUCUCGAUCUGGAGAAAGGGCAAGCGAGGCAAUCAGUCUACCCUGGAGCGGAGUUUGGUGGAAAGAGAUGUCGGCGAGGUAUCGACAUUACGGUUAUUGACCAACGAGAUGGCUACUUUCAUUCAGUCGGCGCACCGUUGGCCCAUGUAGCUCCGUCUCACACAACAAAGAUGUGGAAGCGCUUCUCACGGUUGAAUGAACUUCAAAAUUCAAACCUUUCUUUCAAACAUGGCAGUGUAACUUCCAUAAAUCCAUCAUCUAAGAUAGCCACGUACCGGGAUCGCAGUGGUACAGAGCGCCAGCAAGAGUAUGACUACGUCAUCGUCGCAACUGGCCUGAAGAGGCAUUGGCCUGCAGUCCCCAAGUCUGGUUCUUAUGAAGAGUAUAUGCAAGAUGGGAAGAAAUUCAUCGCGAAGAUUGUUGGCGGCGACCCCGAGAAGCCUCAAGUUGGCAGAAGAGUAGUCAUCAUCGGCGCAGGGGCGGUAGGCAUUGAAUUUGCCGGCGAGAUCAAAAACUACUACCCACACAUCAACGUUACGCUCGUGCACUCGCGGUCCCAGGUCCUAUCAUCUGAGCCGCUCCCCUCAGAAGUGAAAGACCAGGUCGCAACUAUACUCGCCGAAGAAGGGGUAGACGUCGUUCUCGGCAACCGCGCUGCCAUCACCGAGCUUCCCUCCGGAGAAUUCGAAGUCAAGCUAGCAGAUGGACGAGUGCUCACCGCAGACUUCGUCAUCGAUUCAACGAAGAAAGGCGAGCCGACUACAGAAAUUAUACCUCCGCAGUGUUUGAACAAGGACGGCGAAAUAGAGGUCAAUGGAGAUUUAACAUUCAAGGCCGACAUUCCAAAUCGGGAAGCGCACUUUGGUGUUGGCGAUGUAAUCGCGUGGACCGGGAUUAAACGCGCGGGCUCGGCGAUGGUUAUGGGACAGGCGGCAGCACAGAAUAUCUUUGCGUCCAUUUUGAACGACGAAGCCGACCCCGCCUCCUCAUCAUCGUCUGCUGGUGAAGCUGUUUCUGCUUCCCCUCCGUACAAGUUCACAGAGCUGCCUUCCUGGCCCGCUGUUAUUGGUAUCGCGGUUGGAAAACAGUGCCUGACAUACGACAAGACCAACGGAAUGAAGUUCGGCGUUGAGGUUAUGCAAGGGUAUUUUCAAGAUGAUCUUGGAUGGUCGAGUAACCUGAAGUAUCUCGGGUUGUCAGAUAUGGUGGAUAUGAAAGAGAACGAAAAUGUUGACGCCAAGGAUGAUACAUGGGUAGAGAUCAGAGAAGUUGGCGUUGAAGAUGUCAGUGUCACCGCUUAG